CAUCUCAUAGGUGAUGUGGAAAUUCUGACCAAACUUGAAUCACAAAAGAUUGUUCAACAGUUGCGGCAGGGCUUGAAAGCUAUCACCUCUCAAGUGAAACCAAAGCUCAAGUUUGCUGGAUGUUACCCUCAAGAGCUUGUCAGAAGUUACCAGCGGGCCAGCCCAGAGCAAAGAUAUCAAAGCCCAAGCUUUACUAUAGGAAUACUUUGGUGGUGAUGAGCACAAAAUUGCCAUGACCUAUAUGGAAAAGGCUCUUUCUUGGCUACAUAUCAAAUCAAAAGACAGGAAAACUCUUUACUCUUUUCCUUAGAGGCUGGUGCGAUGCCAUGGAAGACAUGCAGGAUGUGUGCAAGUUGGACAUGUCUGCUAAUAUGACGGUUGUCAUGAGUAAAUUGCCUGACAAAUUUUGGGAAAAAUGGAGAUCAGUGUUCUAUAAACUGCAAGAAAAAAAAGGGGCACAGCUGUAAGGUUACCUACACUGACAUUGUUGAUCUUAUUGAAAGGCAAGUAAAGAUCGCCACACAUUGUGUUUGAGGAAAAAAAAUCAAUGCCCCAUCAAUGACAGUAAGUAAAUAUGUGAACAAAAUUGAAUCACAAAUUCAUCCUCAAGCUGAAGGAAGCAGCAUUGCCAUUGCUGUGGAAAGUGAAGCUAAAACUGAGCCCGGAACUAAUAAAAAGGCAGCAGAUUUGAAACAAGCCAUGACCAAAACAAACACAGAUGCAAAUACUGCCCUGGUAUCUAAUGGUCUUAUGGGACUCGUGAUCAUGAUUGUAAGCUUCCUGUAAUUCCAGUUCAGGUCAAGCUUAAGAAGAGCAACAAGACAGUAGUUAGUUACGCUUUACAGCAGUUCUGCAUUGUGAACCACAUGAACAAGCUCAACAUGACAGGAUAAGGAACAUGCAUUCCCUCAUGCACGAUGGGUCAUGAGGAAGUUUCUUUUCCCAGAUUGGAAGUGGCUGGCUUAGAUAGCAUGAACUACUGUGAACUGCCUAGCAUCUAUACACAGGAACAUAUGCCUGUCCACAAAGGGAACAUUCCUUGUCAGAGAGAUCUUCGGAAAUGGUCUCAUCUGAAGCAUAUUCAUUUGCCAGAAAUUGAGCUGUUGAUAGGGGUGAAUAUACCCAAGGCCUUGGAGCCAUUGCAAGUGAUUCACAGUGUUAAUGAUGGACAGUAUGCAAUGAGAACAGUGCUGGGUUGGACUGUCAAUGGUCCAUUGAAUGGAGACAGUGGUGGUGGAGAAGACUAGGCUCAGCCAGAGCGAACAAUUAAUGGGACUUCAGUUUUGCACUUGAAUGAGCUUUUGGCAACAAUUCAAAAACAUUUUCAUGAAUGCAGUCAAAAAGGCAUUUGUGUAAAUAUAGAAACAUAGACAGCCUGCAGCACAAUACAGGCCCUUUGGCCCAAAAUUGUACCAAAAAUGUCCCUACCUUAGAAAUUACUAGGCUUACCCAUAGCUUUCUAUUUUUCUAAGCUCCAUGUACACCAUCCAAGUCUCAAUAAUGGCCACCAAAUCACAGCUCCAAGUACUGAUCCACGCUCUAAACCAGGCAUGGGCAAACUAUGGCCCGCGGGCCAUAUGCGGCCCGUUAAGCUUUUUAAUCCGGCCCGCAGAACUUGAUGAAAUUAUAUUAAUAAACCUUGUUAACGUUUUUUCCCCGCAAUUCUGGCGUUUUCCCAAUGGAUGACGCACUCUAUAUACAUUGACCUUUGUUGAGGUGCAGCGUAUUACUCCACAUUUGCGCUUUACUCUUGUUCGGCUCGACCUAUUUGUGUGAACAGGCGUUCAGCGUCAUGAACAUCAACAAAGCCAGCCACAGAUCCAAGUUAACUGACCAACACCUCAGAUCCAUCCUGAGAAUCGCCACAACAAAACUAAAUCCAGACUUUGAUGCGCUGGCUAAAAAGGGAGACCAACAACACUGUACCCACUGAAAUUAAAAAUAAGUUUCUUCGUUGUGUUAUGUAAAAAAUGCAUUUGAAAAUAUUUUUUUCAAUAAGCCUUACAUGUUACAUGUCAUUUCUGUUAAGUGAUGGACAUGAGUAGUGCGCAGGUGCACGUACGUUCUCAAAAUAAAAAAUGCGCUCCAGAUCAAAUAACGCGCUCCGCAUACUGGCGCGCUCUCACUGUUCUGUCUUUGUGCUGGUCGUUGUUGAGUUUUGGCACAGGGGACAAUUGAAUAAGAAGGAGCAGGACAAGUAGACCUGCAUCUCCUACCAUUUUUGAAAUAAAGACAGUCAGGAGGAGAGUGAUGAUGAUAAUAUCUUGAAGGAUAACAGAAUUUUCAGUGCUUUAAAAUAAUAACUGUAACUAUUAAAAAAAAGCUGUAUUUUAUUCAUUUAAUUUUCAGUGUUUUAAAAGUCAUUUCAAUAAGUAGCUAAAUACCAUGGGACUUCAAAGACAGAUAUUUUGUUGUAAUGCAUUUGUUCAUUUUCAAUUGAAAUUAAAGCACAUGUUUUCUACAUAUCCCAUGAUAUUUUAUUUUCUCUUAUGAGGUGUAUUACCAAAACACUCCGUCCAUCUGCUCCUGGUCUGGCCCCCCCUGUCAAAUUUUAGAACCCUUUGUGGCCCACAAGUCAAAAAGUUUGCCCACCCCUGCUCUAAACUCAUCCGCUUUGUUCACAAUACUCCUUGCAUUAAAACAGACGCAUCUCAAUUUGUCCAUCUGAGAGCAUCCCUUCUCUAUCACCUACCUAUCCUCCUUCACACACUGUCUCCAAGCUUUCUCUAUUUGUGAGCCAACCGCCCCUUCCUCAGUCUCUUCAGUUUGGUUCCCACCCCCCAACAAUUCUUGUUUAAACUCUCCCCAGUAGCCUUAGCAAAUCUCCCCACCAGGAUAUUGAUCCCCCUGGGAUUCAAGUGCAACCCGUCCUUUUUGUACAGGUCACACCUGCCCCAAAAGAGGUCCCAAUGAUCCAGCAAUCUGAAUCCCUACCGCCUGCUCCAAUCCCUCAGCCACGCAUUUAUCCUCCACCUCAUCUUAUUCUCACUGUCGCCUGGCACAGGCAGUAAUCCCGAGAUUACUACUUUUACAGUCCUGCUUCUCAACUUCCUUCCAAACUCCCUGGAGUCUUUUUUCAGGACCUCUUUCAUUUUCCUACCUAUGUCAUUGGUACCAAUAUGUACCACGACCUCUGGCUGUUCUCCCUCCCACUGUAGGAUAUCUUGGACACGACCUGAAACAUCCCGGACCCUGGCACCGGGGAGGCAAACUACCAUCUGAGUUUCUUUCCUGCGUCCACAGAGUCCCCUAUCACUACUGCCUUCCUCUUCCUUUCCCUACCCUUCUGAGCCACAGGGCCGGACUCUGUGCCAGAGGCAUGGCCACUGUUGCUUCCCCCAGGUAGGCUGUCUCCCCCAACAGUACUCAAGCAGGAGUACUUAUUGUCAAGGGGUACAGCCACAGGGGUACUCUCUAGUACCUGACUCUUCCCUUCCCUCUCCAGAAUGUUACCCACUUGUCUGUCUCCCGUGGCCCUGGUGUGACCACCUGCCUGUACCUCCUCUCUAUCACCUCCUUGCUCUCCCUAAACAGACGAAGGUCAUCGAGCUGCAUCUCCAAUUCCCAAACGCAGUCCCUUAGAAGCUGCAGCUUGACACACCAGGUGCAGAUAUGGUCGUCCAGGAUGCUGGGAGACUCCAGGACCUCCCACAUCUGACACCGAGCACAGAACACCGGCCUCACACGCAUACUACCUCCUUUCCGCAAUUAACACAGGUAGACCUACCUCGCCUCAUUACCACUUAAGCCCAUUGAACCAAAGCCCUCUCACUCUGCGACCUGCUGGAUAUGGUGGUCUUCUUUUAAACUUUUCCCGCUCUACUGGCUGACGUCACGCGCCUGCACAGUCUUGCCUCUCUUUUACCCCGAGUAGUAAAACUGCCUUCACUUCGGAAAUCCUUAGCCAUUCACCUGCAGCCUUCUUGCUCUGAAUGUUGAGAUUUCAUGUCUCCUGUGUCAUGGUAGCAUGCAAUUGUAAUUAUUCUAGUAUAACAAUUUGGGGCUGGAAUGCAGGAGCCAUGCAUCUGUUCUCCAUCUGCAUUGUAUUCUGUCUCACGUGUUUAUUAUGGUAGCUGGUCACGAAUGGAGACAUGGUAAAAGCAAAGAGAAUAAGUUACAUCUUCGUGCUUUGUUUAAUGUAGUUUAUAAUUGCCAAGGACAAACAAAUUUCAAAUCCUUUGCUGAUCACUCGAUAACGCUUAGCUUACACUUGAGUGCACUCGAGUUUCAUCACUUCAAGAUUGCAUGUCUGCUAAUUAAAGAUUGAAUACAUAUCCUCAGCUUUUGGAGCAACCACUAUUGUACUGAGGGUGUGUCAUGCAAGUACAACAAAUCCAUGGGUCACUGGCAACACACAGGAGCAAGAUAUAUCACCUAGUUGUGUGGUGUCACAGCAACAAUCUUGCGCUCUGUGCAAAAUAUAAAAACAUAGAAAACCUACAACACAAUACAGGCCCUCUCGCCCAAAGUUGUGCCAAACAUGUCCUUACCUUAGAAAUUACUAGCCUUACCCAUAGCCCUCUAUUUUUCUAAGCUCCAUGUACCUAUCCAAAAGUCUCUUAAAAGACCUUAUCAUAUCCCCCUCCACCACCAUUGCCGGCAGCCCAUUCCACGCAAUCACCACUCUCUGCGUAAAAUACUUACCCCUGACAUCUCCUCUGUACUUACUCCCCAGCACCUUAAACCUGUAUCCUCUUGUGGUGACCAUUACAGCCCUGGGAAAAGCCUCUGACUAUCCACAAGAUCAAUGCCUCUCAUCAUCUUAUACACCUCUAUCAGGUCACCUCUCAUCCUCCAUCGCACCAAGGAGAAAAGGCCAAGUUCACUCAACCUAUUCUCUGAGGCAUGCUCCCCAAUGCAGGCAACAUCCUUGUAAAUCUCCUCUGCACCUUUUCUAUGGGUUCCACAUCCUUCCUGUAGUGAGGCGACCAGAACUGAACACAGUACUCCAAGUGGGGUCUGACCAGAGUCCUAUAUAGCCCCAACAAAAUCAAAGUGAUUGUGAUUUCAAGUUCCCUGGCACCCAUCGCCUUAUUUUCACCAUGGAUGUCCAAUCCUAAUACCUCCAUCCCCCACCAGGAAGGUCUCAAACUCUCCGUUUCUUUUUGGAUUCCAGACCCAACCAGUUCCCCUCUACCACCACUCUCCUCCAUCGAGCAGAAUUGGUCCUUACUCUUAAUAAUUUCUCCUUCAGCUCCUCCCACUUCCUUCAAACUAAAGGUGUAGGCAUGGGCACCCAUAUGGGUCCCAGCUACACCUGCCUUUUUGUUGGCUAUACGGAACAGUCCAUGUUCCAAGCUUAUACUGCUUACCGUGCCCCACUUUUCCUUCGCCACAUGGACGACUACAUUGGCGCUGCUUCCUGCAUGCAUGCUGAGCUCAUUGACUUCAUUAACUUUGCCUCCAACUUCCACCCAGCCCUCAAAUUUACCUGGUCCAUUUCCGACACCUCCCUCCCCUUUCUUGAUCUCUCUGUCUUUAUCUCUGGAGACGGCUUAUCUACUGAUAUCUAUUAUAAGCCCAUGGAUUCUCACAGAUUCCAGGACUAUCCCUCUUCCUACCCUGUUACUUGUAAAAAAUGCCAUCCCCCUCUCUCAACUCCUCUGUCUCCGCCACAUCUGCUCUCAGAAUGAAGCUUUUCACGCCAGGACAAAGGAGAUUACUUCCUUUUUUAAAGAAAGGGGCUUCCCUUCCUCCACCAUCAACGCUGCCCUCAAACGCAUCUCUCCCAUUCACGCACAGCUGCCCUCACCCCAUCCUCCUGCCACCCCACUAGGGUUAGGCUUCCUCCUGUCCUCACCUACCACCCCACCAGUCUCCAGGUCCAACGUAUAAUUCUCCGUAACUUCCACUACCUCCAACGGGAUCCCACUACCAAGCACAUCUUUCCCUCCCCACUUCUUUCUGCUUUCCACAGGGAUCGCUCCCUACUCGACUCCCUUGUCCAGUCGUCGUCCCCCAUCCCUUCCCACUGAUCUCCCUCCUGGCACUCAUCAUUGUAAGCAGAACAAGUGCUACACCUGCCCUUACACUUCCUCCCUCACCACCAUUCAGGGCCCCAGACAGUCCUUCCAGAUGAGGCGACACUUCACCUGUGAGUCGGCUGGCGUGGUAUACUGCAUCCGGUGCUCCCAGUGUGGCCUUUUAUAUAUUGGUGAGACCUGACACAGACUGGGAGACCAUUUCGCUGAACACCUACGCUCAGUCCGCCAGAGAAAGCAGGAUCUCCCAGUGGCCACAAAUUUUAAUUCCACGUCCCAUUCCCAUACGUCUAUCCACGGCCUCCUCUACUGUCAAAAUGAAGCCACACUCAGGUUGGAGGAACAACACCUUAUAUUCCGUCUGGGUAGCCUUCAACCUGAUGGCAUGAACAUUGACCUCUCUAACUUCCGUUAAUUUUAUUUAUUAUAUAUAUUUUUUAAAUUUUAUUAUUUUUUAUUAUUAUUUUUUUCGUAUAAUUUACUUUUUCUCUUUCCCUCACAAUCACUCCUUGCCUGUUCUCCAUCUUCCUCUGGUGCUCCCCUCUCCCUUUCUUUCUUCCAAGGCCUUCUGUCCAAUGAUACUCCCCCUUCUCCAGCCUUGUAUCCCUUUUGCCAAUCAACUACAGCAGAAUGUAGGGCUUUGGCUCAACGGGCUUAGGCAGUAAUGGGAAGAGGCAAGAGCGAGACACCAACUCUUUUCUCCCCCUUGGCGAAUCGGCCCAGACAGACGGAGGAACAGCAGGGCUCACACAGCUAAUGGUACGAGCUAACGGUUUAAAAAGUUCGUAUGCUUGGCGAGGUAAGUGGGUGAGUAGACCUAUUUUUCCUUGUUACAUUCCUGUAGAAUUAGGUAGCAUGUCUGCAGGGUUAGUGCUUUGUUUAGGGUGUCAAAUGUGGGAAUUCUGGGAGACGUCCAGCCUCGCUGAUGGCCACAUCUGCGCCAGGUGCACCGAGAUGCAGCUCCUCAGAGACCGUGUUAGGGAUCUGGAGCUGCAGCCUGAUGACCUGCUGCUUAUCAAGGAAAGUGAAGAGGUGAUAGACAGGAGCUACAGGGAGGUAGUCAUCCCUAGGCUACAGGGGUCAGAAAACUGGGUGACUGUCAGGAGAGGGAAGGGAAAUGCCCGGAUAGUGGAGAGCACUCCUGUGGCUGCCCCCCUCAGCAACAAGUACAUGGUUUUGGAUGCUACUGAGGGGGAUGACCUGACAGAGGACGACCACGGUGACCGGGUCUCUGUCACUGAACCUGGCACUGUUGUGCAGGAGGGAAGGAGGGAGAAGAGGAAUGCGGUAGUCAUACGGGAUUCCAUAGUCAGGGGAACAGACAGGAGAUUCUGUGAGCCUGAUAGAGAUACCUGCAUGGUGUGUUGCCUCCCAGGUGCCAGGGUACAGGAUGUCUCAGGUCAGGUCCGGAAUAUUCUGAAGGGAAAGGGCGAGCACCCAGCUGUCUUGGUACAUGAUGGCACCAAUGACAUAGAUAGGAAAAGGAAGGAGGUCCUGAAGAGAGAUUUCCGGGAGUUAGGAAGGAAGCUGAGAAGCAGGACCUCCAGAGUAGUAAUCUCAGGAUUGCUACCUGUGCCACGUGCUAGUGAGGGCAAGAAUAGUAGGAUCAGGCAGAUGAAUGCAUGGCUGAGAGACUGGUGCAGGGGGCAGGGCUUCAGAUUCUUGGAUCAUUGGGAUCUCUUCUGGGGGAAGUAUGACCUGCUCAAAAAGGAUGGGUUACACCUGAACACGAAGGGGACCAAUAUCCUGGCAGGAAGGUUUAAUAGAGCUGUUAGGGAGUGUUUAAACUAAUUUGGCAGGGGGAUGGGAACCAGAAUGAUAGGAGGGGGAAAACAGAAAUAAAUCUAAGAUAGUGAGCAGUAAAGGAAGGACAGGCAGGUGAUGGGACAAAUUUGCAGCUAUUGAGAUGAGAUGCAGUGCAAUCAAAGCAAAAAGUACCAAAUACUGGACUUAAGGUGUUAUACUUAAAUGCACGCAGCAUAAGGAAUAAGGUGGAUGAUCUUGUCGUACAACUACAGACUGGCAGGUAUGAUGUUGUGGCCAUCAAUGAGAUGUGGCUAAAGGAUGCAUGUCUCUGGGAGCUGAACAUCCAAGGAUACACAGUGUAUUAGAAGGAUAGGCAGGUAGGCAGGUAGGCAGAGGGGGGUGGCGUGGCUUUAUUGGUAAGAAAUUAUAUUAAAUCAUUAAAAAGAGGUGACAUAGGAUCAGAAGGUCAGUCAAAGUCAAAAUCCUGUCUCAAGCCUUUGUGGCUCAUCAGACCGGUGCUUAUGCCUGUUUCUGAGGCAUGAAGUGACUGAGAAUACGAGACUCCCCCUGGAUAGGAUGCCAGUCUAUCGCAAGGUUGACCCCCAGCGUUUUUUUGCCGGGACCCAUUUUUCAGCUGGGUGGACUGGAGCAUUGUGUGGUUAAGUGCCUUGCUCAAGGACACACACGUUGCUUUGGCCGGGCUCAAACUCUAGAGGAAUAGAAUAUAGGAGCAGGAAUGUGAUGUUGAGGCUCUAUAAGACCCCAAUUGGAUUACUGUGUGCAGUUUUGGGCUCCUUAUGUAAGAAAGGAUGUGCUGACAUUGGACAGGGUUCAGAGAAGAUUCACUAGAAGGAUUCCGGGAAUGAGAGGGUUAACAUACGUUUGACCGCUCUUGGACUGUACUCCUUGGAGUUUAGAAGAAUGAGGGGGGACCUCAUAGAAACAUUUCAAAUGUUGAAAGGCAUGGACAGAGUGGAUGUGGCAAAGUUGUUUCCCAUAGUGGGGGAGUCUAGUACGAGAGGGCAUGACUUUAGGACUGAAGGGCACCUAUUCAGAACAGAAACGUGAAAAAAAAUUUUUUUAGCCGGAGGGUGGUGAAUCUGGAACUUGUUGCCACGGGCGGCAGUGGAGGCCAAGUCAUUGGGUGUACUUAAGACAGAGAUUGAGAGGUAUCUGAGUAGCCAGGGCAUCAAAGGUUAUGGUGAGAAGGCGGGGGAAUGGGACUAAAUGGGAGAAUGGAUCAGCUCAUGAUAAAGUGGCGGAGCAGACUCGAUGGGUCGAUGGCCGACUUCUGCUCCUUUGUCUUAUGGCCUAAAACCCUCUUUUUCUUUUAUCCUGACUUUGUCUUCCCUUGUCAGCUAUGGUUGCUCUAUCCUCCCUUUAGAAUACUACUUCAUUUUGGGGAUGUAGAUCUCCCCACCUUUCAACCUUUUGCCAAUUUGCACACGGCAAACUUAACAGCACAGAUACUAUUAAAUGUUAACACUAUUAGCUGUGUCUAAACUGCAAACAAAACUUGCAUCAAACUUUUCCAUGAAAAAUCAAUAAAAUUUAAAAAACAGAAAAUGCUGGACACAGAUCUGGUUAAAUUUGUGGUGAGAGAAACAAAGC